AAAAUAUAGUCUGUAUGUGUGGGCGUACGAAAGUACCUAUCAGAAAAUAAUCAAUCAAUUUACAAAAGAAAAACCAAGAAAAAAAUAAUUAUCGUCAUAAAUAGAUAUUUUUAGUUCAUCCAUAUUAAGUUAUGUAUUUCAUAAACAUUUUAAAUGUCUAUUAACUGUGCAAAAUGGUGGUAUCAUUUCAUAUUAUUUAAAUGAAAAUCAAUGUUUAUUGUUAUUUUAUAAAAAUGUUUAUUUCUACAUAAAAUCCAAAAACAAAAAAAUGUGCUUGAUAGUGUAAACGUAACGAUUUGGAAAUCCAAAAAUGAAUCUAAUGCGCAAAUUGCGUGGGGCGACUACUUCGGCAUCUCCUGAGAGUGCCGAGGCUUCCAGCUCGUCGUCUCACGUCCAACUUGGCCUCAUGCAUCUGAAGAAACUAUUUGCGGAGUAUACACAUCCACCGCAACCCCUUACAGAUGCCGAAAAGGAUGAUAAACUGUACAAUAUGCUACCUCUUUUUUGUAAGGUGUUUGGCACUAGUCCAUCAAGUGAGAUGAAUGAAAAGUUCUGGGAUAUCCUAUCAUUCUGUCAGCAAGUUUCCAAGCUUAUGGUGUCAGAGAUAAGAAAAAGGGCUAGUAACCAAAGUACGGAGGCAGCUAGCUGUGCUAUUGCUAAGUUCCUAGAAAUAGAAAAUUCUGAGGAAUCGAGUAAUGGCUGGAUGUUACUGUCAACACUAAACCUCUUGGCUGCCGGUGAUCAGUCAUUAAUACAGGUCAUGACCACUGCAUCAAUACCGUCAACAUUAGUGAAAUGUUUAUACCUAUUCUUUGAUCUACCUGAAAUACCGGAAUCGGAAGCAGAUGUUCAAGAUGGGAAUAGUGAUUUUACACCAAGAGAAAGGCGAAUAUUACUGCAGAAAAUAUUUGUACAGGUUCUUGUGAGAUUAUGCAGUCAUCCCUUUCCAUGUGAGGAGCUAGCACGAAAAGAUGAUCUCAGUUUACUAUUCUCUGCUAUAACUUCGUGGUGUGCUCCACACAACAUCAUGUGGAGGAAAUCUGCAGCUGAAGUGCUCAUGACCUUAUCUAGACAUGGUUUGACGCAAUCUGUUGUUCAGUACAUACAUAAUAAAGGAUGUGUGGCACUUUGCAUAGAAAAUAUGCAAAGGAUACCAGAAUUGACACCUCUAGAGGUUGUCGAAAUGUUCGUAGCAGUAUUCUGUUUCCUAAAGGAUUCAAGUGAAGUUAGUCAAUUAUUACUGGAUGAUUUCCGUUCUUGCCAAGGCUACUUAUUUCUAUCUGAAUUUCUUCUAAAACAUGAGAGACAAGGUGUACCCGAUUAUUUGACAUCAGGGUUAGAAGAAGAGCGUGUGAGUGGUACGGAAGCGCGGGCCGCUUUACGUAACCUCGUACUGAUGAUUUCGUCCCUGUGUGCGUGCGGCUUCUCCGAGCUGCGACCGACGCGCGCCAACACUGAACUGUUUCAACUGCAGGGCUUUGUCUUACCGCAGCCAACGACCCCAGGCCAGGCCGUGAGGAAUGUACAAGCUUUUCAGGUGUUACAAUCAGUAUUUAUGAAGUCAACUUCCCCGGCGUUAUGCUGCACGAUAUUAGACGCGAUAUCGAGCGUGUAUCACGCCGACAAUGCAAACUAUUUCAUACUGGAAAAUCAAAACACACUGAGUCAAUUCUCGGAAAGAAUUUACACUAAGAACGCUGAAAUACAAGAAAAAUUCUUCGAAUUGCUCGAGUUUAUUGUUUUCCAACUAAAUUUCGUGCCGUGCAAGGAAUUAAUAUCGCUGUCGCUUUUAUUGAAAGCGAAUAGAUCGAGAACGUGUAGUAUAUUGUGUAUGAAAACACUUUUGAAUAUUUUAAAACAUAACGCAAUUUUCAAAGACGUUUAUCGGGAAGUUGGUAUGCUAGAAGUUUUCGUGACGUGCUUGUCCCGUUACGCAGUAUUCCUAAAAGACAAACAAAUUCUUGAAGAAGAAAGGAGCAAAAGAGACCCAUCCGAUUCGCCUUCCCACGAACAGGCACCCAAUGAGUCCCCCAAAGCUCCCGAAAGGAAGAAAAGACAGUCGACCCGACAUGAUUCGUUGAUCAGAGACCCCAAUUUGGACGAAGAAGAAGAGGAACUAGGAUCAUUAGUGAUGGAAGGCCUUACAGCGUUGUUGAACGCGAACUCUAACAAUUGCAAUGUGUUCCGAGAUUGUGGCGGGGCAAAAUGUGUGCAUGGGAUGGUUGUGUAUGAAUCUUGUAGAAGUAAGGCUUUAGGUGUGGUAAGAGAACUAAUAGUGAGUGGGUCAGGUGAGGAGGAUAUGUCUGCAUUGCUUUGCGGAAUGCAUGCAGCACCUAACGAUGCGCUUCUACUGAAAUUGCAUAUAUUGAAAGCCUUGCUGGCUUGUUUGCGGGACUCACAUCGGACCAGAACUAUUUUUAGAAAGGUCAGCGGUUUUGUAUACGUAACAAGUGUUCUAGUCUCUUUGGAAGGCAAACUGAAAGGCGAUGAGCCAAUGGACAAAGAUAUGCUACAGCUAAUACAUAUUGUGUUCUACACUAUUAGUACGGCUAUGAGAUUUGAGCCGGCUAAUGCGAAGUUUUUUCAUCACGAGAUAUGCAUGACAACCCUUUGUGAGACGAUACGUCUUUUAGGCUGUUUUAUAAAUGAGACGGAACUACAGAAUGACACGGAACCUGGUGAUGCGGAACUCUACGAAGUUUUUCACGAAAUAUUUACAAGCAAUAUAUUAGAAAUGACUUUUCCUGAAAAAGUACCAGUAGUGUUUGUGCAUGCGUGCAUAAUUCUGCGACUUUUGUACGACGUCGCGUUGGACUCUUUCGAUAAGCCUACUUUCUGCGGAUCGCUCAAUGUCAAAUCUCCAAGUUUGACUCGUCAGAGCUCUGCUAUUAAUGAGUCAAAACCAGCUGGUAGAACAGCCCCUUUAAACUUAUCGACGGGCAGUAACAACGGCGAGGCGUGGGUGAUCCACUCGGGAGUAGUGAUAGUUCUCGCUAAGCUAUUACCGGCCUUGCCUCGACCUCCCGAACAUGAGGCACAUGCGAGAGCUAUACGGGAUUAUUUGGCGCACGUUCUUAAAAGCCUCGUGAGGAGCGAACGCAACCAGCAAGUGAUGUGCGGUGCGGGGCUUGCGGGCGUAGUGCUCCGUGUGUGCGGGGCGGCACUGCGGGCUGAACGGCAUCCCUUACACGCGCCUGCCAUGUAUAUGUUGGAAAGACUCGCUGCCCACGCGCUUAGACCUUCCGAACUCAGGGAAUUCUUGCGAAUGGGUAACCCUUUAAAUUGCGUGGCCCCAGAACCUGGACAGGUUUGUAAACCUGGUGGGCCCGUACCACUUACUAGGAUCAAAACUUUAGUAUCGAUGACGACGCCUAGAGAUUACAGAUCUCAAAAUUCUUGUACUCUCCCUCCAUUUGUCGAAUUCGACAUGUCAGCCGAAGGGUUUGGCUGCCUAUACUUGCCAAGUAUAGCGCCCCAAUCGGCCAAUCUAAACGCUCUCGGAACGCAAGACACUGCCACUUUAGGUGGAAUUGGUUCAGGUAGUUGGCGGCCCAGUGACCGCGUGUUUCCGCCACAAACUGGCCUUACGUACUCGACUUGGAUAUGUGUCGAGAAGUAUUCGGAUCCCCGCUCGGACCCCCACUGUGUCCGCUUGUUGACACUAGUGCGGAAUAUAAAUAACAGUCGGGAUGAACAUCUCGUUUGUCUCACCAUGGUAUUGUCGGCGAGAGACAAGGCUAUCAUUAUAUCUACGCAGGAAACUUUAGUGCCACACAAUGUCGGUGAAUGGGAGCCCGAAGGUUCAGGCGAAUGUGGGGCCCGAGUGUGGUGUCCAGAUCUACAACACGAAGGACAAUGGCACCAUCUCGUGCUGGUACUCAAUCGGGCUGUGCUCAAGAACUCUUCCUUCUCAUUGUAUUUAGAUGGCCAGCACAUGCACUCGGGUAAGUUACACUACGUGAGCGCGAACCCGGGCGGCGGCGCGGCCACGCUGUCGGGCGCCUCCAGCGUGUACUGCGUGCUGGGCACCCCGCCGCACUGGCGGAGGUACUCCAAGCUCGUGUGGCGACAGGGACCCGCGCUGUUGUUGGAAGAUGUCCUUCCAGCGCAAACAGUAUCCAUAGUCUACCAAUUAGGUCCACACUACGUCGGCACGCUUCAAGCACCCUUACCAUCGGGACAAUACCAAGAACCAUUAGCCCCUCUAGUCGCCGAAGAAAAGGUCGUAUUCGGCAUCAACGCGCGUGCAAUGUCGCAACUGACAUUGGCUAAGAUACGUAAAGUUUACAGUAAGAAUGAUAACAAGGCUAUAGCGAAAAUGUUGGGGAUGUCGUCCCAUGAGAAUGCGACACCUAUCAGGAUAUUGCACAACUCUGCAGGACAUCUUAUGGGCCCAGCUAGGUGUUUGGGAGGGACGGUCGUGGGCUAUUUGGGCGUGAGAGUAUUUUGUCCGAAGCCUGCUGCCAUCAUGAUUGAUACAGUUGGUGGCUGUUCAGUAUUAUUAGGUUUAAUAGCGAUGGCUCAAGACGUGGAAUGUUUGUACGCAAGUGUGAAAGCUCUUGUAUGCGUAGUACGGUCAAAUAAGGCUGCACAAGCAGAGAUGGACAGACGGAAAGGAUACCAAACUUUGGCCAUGUUGCUGAAGAGAAAGAAACAAUUGCUCAACUCACAUAUACUUCAUCUCAUUUUUGGUCUCGUCGGAACUGUUGAUAGUCAGAAAGAAACUUCUUCCAUUCCUAACUUAACUGCCUUUCAAGAUUUAAUAUGCGAGCUAGAAGUAUGGCUCGGCGCUCCAGGUGGUCUAAUCAAGUCCCUCUUGGAACAUCUGCUAGAACUGGCGACGGAAACAGCGCACAGAACGCACAAUCUUCGCACAAUGAGGGAGUUACAACUCGUUUCUAAGCUCCUCUACAUUAUAAACGACGUCAAAGUUGUUAGCACAAGGAAUGUCCUCAUACAGUUAUUAGCUGCUUUAUUAGGAGGGCAACCACGACCGAGUGAUCUACUAUGCUUGGGUCAAUUCAUGGCGUUUACUUUACCAUUACCAUCGCAGACAGAAAAAUGGAUAAACCCCAAGGAAAGUGACUGUGAGAGUGAGGGAGAACAAAUUAUAUUAAGAAACAAAUGCUUCAAUGUUAUACAUGGCCUGUUAUUUACUGCGAGAAACUUGGUUAACACGAUAGUCUGUGAAGAGAUAUCGCGAGUGUUAGGAAUGGAUUGGCUGCUCAGUUUCAUGUUGGAGAAUGUUCAUCCAACCUCUGUUCUGUGGGCGUUGAGGAUAAUGGUUGUCCUGUGUUCCGGACAAGGACAGCAAUCGGCUAUCAUGCAAAGGUUUAGGGAAGGUAUCGGUAACGGAGGUUGGUUGCGCCACACAGAGAUGAUAGCUCAACCACAACAAGCUGGCGUUGUCAUGACAACCACUGUGCACUCUAACUCGCAUCUACACACGUCAUUAUUGCAUACUCCCGGCUUCACACUACUGGCGUGGUUGGUACCAGCACACCUUCAAAUCCCAGAGCUAUACUACCUCCUUUUCGGACUUACCCUGGGUCAGCCAGUUCGCGCCAUGUGCUCAGAACGCACGGUCUCCGUGGAACGCGUGUGGGGGGCAGCUUGGGGGGCGGCCGCCCCUGCUCGACAGUCCCCUGCCGCACUGUCUGCGAGAAUCACUCUAUGUUCCGACGCUGUUGUUGUACUGCUGGCCGCUGUGAGGGCUUUAGUACACGCAGACAGGUCUAACUCACCGGAAUGGCUCGCUGAUCAUCCUGUUGCUAUUGUGCAGGUCCUAUUUUCGCUAUACAACACGCUACCCGAUUUCGUUCCCAUAAUGAUGAUGGCCGAAGUUUUGACAGCUCUGGCAGCUAUCCUCUUUCCACCGAACUCUACGGAUGACAUUCACAUGCCAAUAUGCGAGAGUGGUGAAAGUUCGGGAGCAUCGACGCCAGGAUCUGAGAAGGAAGUUAUAGUGGGUGCCAGUCAAGCCGGGAUGCUAACGCAACACCCUGUGAGGCAAGGCGUUAUGGACUUCUUACGCGUGAUCGUUCUCGACUCACUGCCGCUCAACGUUACCGGCAAAACCGCUCCGAACGCCGAAAAUGCGACUGACUCAGUGCCACCGUCAAUGUUUUGUACUCCAUGUAGCUCCGGUCCAGGGAGAUCCUACUUUUAUUGCGUAAUUGACUUGGUUUUGGAUGCUUCACCGCCAAAUUCAACCAGCCAGCAGCAAAUAGAGUAUCAAACGGAGGUUUUAACCACACUCAUGGAGAAUUUAUUGAACACUGAACUAUUUGGAUCAGAGUCGAACAUAUCCAACGUUUGUUAUUUAGCCGCUAGGCUGGUUGAUAAGCUAUGGCAGGGACAACUUUCUAGAGAUCCUCACGAGGUGUUCGAUUUCAUAGUAAAGCUAAUAACUCAAGCGAAAAAGAAGUCGUCAGUGAUAUCUCUGGAAGGAUUGCAUCAUUGUCUGAACCGAACUAUUCUGUUUCUCCUGUCUCGCUCUACUGACUCGAUCGCGGAUCAAAUGUCUGUUUUGGAAGCGUUGCAUAAGCUGACGACUAACAGGCUACUUAUAUUUGGAGCGGGUAAUCACGAAUUGGAAUUCAUCGGUUGCCUCACGUACUGCUUGCUGCAGUUGAGCUCAAACAUGAAGAUCGCUCUAGACUCCCACAUGAGAACCACGUGGCACGUUAACCCUAGCGGUGACCUCGAGUCGAGGGAUGAUAAGCUUACUACACAUCAAGGACGCAACCUAAUGGCCGGUGCGGCUAGACGGGUUUGGGAAGAACUAUACGUAUGCAAGAAGCCUGCGAUAGAAGAAGUUUUUAAAAUAACACUAUUGUUGCCCCUCGGGAACGCUCGCGCUCCCGACCUCACGGCCGUCAGGGAACAGCUCAAUGAGAGUGCGCAUAAACUGUGGAUUAACUAUAUCGAUAUUGAGAGAAAGGCAACAUACCGUGUCCCAUGGGAGCUUCACAAUCAGAUUCAGUCGAAGAUACAGAAAGUGACAGGCGGUCUGACCCGACUCGCGUCCCGAACUAAAGUGAAGAAGGAGGAUUCUGCUAAACAGCGGUCUAACCCGCCGCGAGACCAUGCGUUGGCUUAUAUGCAGGAUCAUGUGCAGCUUGUGAGACAAGCAUGGUGCGGCGUAGUAAGCGGUGCUGGCAACACUCGGCUGCACACUCUUCGCUACGUGCAGGCGGAGUGGGCGGGCGCGUGGCGCGAGUUGACUCGCGAGCGAGCUCUGUGGGGCCCGCCGCGGGCCCCCGCGCUCGCCAAGUGGGCACUGGACUGCACGGAGGGGCCCGCGCGUAUGCGCAAGAUGCUGCGCCGCAACCUCGCCUUCUACGCGCACUACCCCUACAGACCUGAACUGCAUAACUCCGACAAUAAACAACUGAAAUACAAAGUGGCUCAAAGUCUGGACAGCAAGGAGUACUACCGUAUUUACCAACAAUGGCGGGCUGCAGGCAAUCUGGGAGAAGUAGAAGGCGCCGAGCCCACUGACAUUCCUGAAACUACCGACGAACCUACCACUAGUGGCGAUACUUCCCUUGAUGUGGCCAACGGUGACGGGUCACCGUCAGACCUUGUUAGUAGCGGCGUCGUGAGCCGCGGUACUAAUCAAUCGUCUGGCGAAGCGAACGAAGACGGACCUGAUAACGAGGAUGAAGAUGAACAACCAACUCCGCCGCCUGAUAACCAAACGUUAUUACGACUUCUAGAACAUCAUGAAAAGAUCUCCCACAUGUUCCGCUGCGCAAGGAUACAAGGCUUAGACACGACAGAGGGUCUUCUAUUAUUCGGUCGCGAACACUGCUAUGUAAUAGACGGGUUUACUUUGCUCAAGAACAGAGAGAUACGGGAUUUGGACAGUUGUCCUGAUGACUAUGAGCCUAUUCUACCGGCUCAAGGCAUACAGAGGAGCAAUCAGAGGCAGUGCUCCAAAUUCUUGUAUGAAGACAUUCGGGAGGUACACAAAAGGAGGUAUCUAUUGCAGCCCAUAGCGUUGGAAGUGUUCUCAAGUGACGGCAGAAAUUACUUGCUCGCUUUUCCAAGAAAAGUGCGGAACAAGGUAUACAGCCGCUUCACAGCGCUGGCGACGGGCAUGGCGGACAGCGCGGCGGGCUCGGUGGCGGGACAGAAGCGCGGCGUGGCUGUGGAACAGCCGGCCGGCCUGCUCGCCACUCUUAUCGGCGAUACCUCCGUCACGCAGCGGUGGCUGCGUGGUGAAAUAUCGAACUUCCAAUAUUUGAUGCACCUGAACACUCUGGCGGGUCGCUCGUACAAUGACCUGAUGCAGUACCCAGUGUUCCCUUGGAUCCUCGCUGACUAUGACUCGUUGGAACUGGACCUUAAUGACCCGGCCACUUUCCGCGAUCUCACUAAACCUAUGGGCGCUCAGAGUCCUGAUAGGUUGGAGCAGUUUAGGAAACGAUAUAAGGAAUGGGACGACCCUCACGGAGAAACUCCUCCGUACCACUACGGCACUCACUACUCAUCCGCUAUGAUUGUGUGUUCCUAUCUAGUCAGGAUGGAACCAUUCACGCAACACUUUCUCAAACUACAAGGCGGACAUUUUGAUUUAGCUGACAGAAUGUUCCAUUCGAUAAAGGAAGCGUGGAAUUCAGCGUCGAGACAUAACAUGGCUGAUGUAAAAGAAUUGAUACCGGAGUUUUUCUACUUACCAGAGUUUUUAGUCAACUCCAACAAUUUUGAUUUAGGCUGCAAGCAGUCAGGCGUGGCUCUGGGCGACGUGGUGCUGCCGGCGUGGGCGCGCGGCGACCCGCGCGAGUUCAUCCGCGCGCACCGCGCCGCGCUGGAGUCGGACUACGUGUCGCACCGCCUGCACCACUGGAUCGACCUCGUGUUCGGCUACAAGCAGCAGGGCAGCCCGGCCGUGGACGCCUGCAACGUCUUCCAUCACCUGUUCUAUGAGGGCAACGUCGAUAUAUACAAUAUCGACGAUCCUCUAAAGAAAAACGCGACAAUCGGCUUCAUAAAUAACUUUGGUCAAAUACCAAAGCAACUGUUCAAGAAAGCCCACCCUAGCAAGAAGAUGUCACAGCGAAGUUCCACUAUACUAGAUCCGAACAAUAUAAUACCGUCUCAAGGUAUCACGCCACCGGAGAAACUAUUCUUCCAUAAUUUGGAAAACUUGAGGCCUUCCUUACAACCUGUUAAAGAAGUAAAAGGCCCAGUCGGCCAGAUCUUGUACACAGACAAAGCUAUCUUAGCAGUAGAACAAAACAAGGUUUUAAUGCCCCCUACCUACAAUAAGUACGUGGCGUGGGGCUUUGCGGACCAUUCGCUGCGUAUCGGCAACUAUGAUAAUGAUAAAGCAGUGUUUGUAUGCGAGACUGUGGCGCAGGCCUGUGGGGAGAUUGUGACCUGUGUCUGUCCGUCUGAUAAGACUAUUGUUACUGCGGGUACUAGCACGGUGGUAACAGUAUGGCAAUACUGGGCCCGUCGUCGUCGUCUAGCCGUCAAAGUCUGUCUGUACGGUCACGAGGAAGCAGUGACUUGCCUAGCCGCCAGUCCUGCUUACAACCUCGUGGUGAGCGGCAGUCGUGACGGUCAGGCCAUCGUGUGGGAUGUGGAGCGAGGGACGUUUAUACGGCAGUUACUGCCGCCGCAAUCUUAUGGACCACCGCCCCCUGUGUCGGCGUUGGCUAUUGAUGAUCUUACUGGUGACAUAGCAACUUGCAGCGGCAGCUGGCUAUACGCGUGGUCGAUCAACGGCGAGCUGUUAGGCGCAGUGGACACUAUCGGCGGCCGCGAGCGCAGCCAGCAGGUGCUGUGUGUCGCCUUCAGCCAGACCAGGGAGUGGGACCCGCUCAACGUCAUCAUUACUGGCUCCACUGAUGGCGUUGUUAGGAUGUGGUCAAUAGACUACAUAGCGGAAACAGCGGACGAACAAACGGAGAGCUUAGAAGGCGGUAGCGUGGACCCUGUCAGUUCCGUAGAUAUUGACAAAGAUAAGGACGAACAGAAACUAUCUGUUCAAGAGAGCGAAGAAGCUAAGUCUGAUAGUGAAGUGAAAGAUGGGGAAGUUAAGACUGAGGACACAGAGCCGGCUGGCGAGCAAGAAAGGGAAGCCGCCAUUAAAAGAGUCGAGGAGCUGGUCAAACAGAUGAGCUUGUCGCAGGAGAAAGAAGGUACUCUAACAAAGUCAGGUUCAGAAAGUUCGCUAUCAGACGCAUGCGAAACGACAAGCGCCAAGGAAUCUGCGCGAAGACACGACGAAAAGGACACGUGCAGUGACAAUGAGGAAACUCAAGAGUACUCGGAAAACGUGGAAACCAAGGAGGAACCUAUUGAUUCUUGUGAUGAAGCUAAACAGGAGUAUAACAAUGAUAAAGACUUGGAUGCUGAGAAAGAUUCGCAUAGAAGCAAACUGCAGAAGCAAGGACAUGUCAUGCUUCGAAGAAAGUCGAAGGGGAAUCCAUUGUAUCGUAAAAGCGGAGGCAGCAUAGGCGAGUCGAGUGAAUCCUGUUCGCUCGACACGACGGGUCCGUCAUGCGAGCCCAGCACGGAGAGCGGGCUGCGGGCCAGCAAGUCCGACACCAGCCUCACAGACUCCUUCGUGGUGGUGUCCGCGCCCGCCUCGCCCGCGCCUCGCGUGCCCGCUAAGAUACAGCCCGCUACUGUUGAUAUAGAAUCAGGCAUCAAAUGGAUCCGUCGGCUAGUUCUUCGCGGCAAGCUGACGAUGCACACGGCGUACGAGCGUCGCGACAACGCCUGCCCCGCCUCCGUCACCGCCGUCGCCGCCGCCAGGAGCGGCCGCGGCCUGGCGGUGGGAGACGCCAGGGGACGGAUUUUCCGCUGGUCAGCUCCCGAUAUGUCUAGCGCAUCUGGAGCAAAGGGCGGCCCGGCUGAUCACUGGAUACGAGAUGACACAGCACCUUAUUGCACACAAUGCCAGGUUCGUUUCACGGCGCUAGAGCGUCGCCACCACUGCCGCGAGUGCGGCGCGGUGUUCUGCGGGCGCUGCUCGCGCUACGAGGCGCCCGUGCGGCGCCUGCGCGCGCUGCGCCCCGUGCGCGUGUGCCAGCGCUGCCACGACAACAUCACGCAGCGGUAGACUAAAUAACGUGACACAUCACUCCACUCACAAUUAUAGUCUUACCGUUCCUUGGUGCAGUUGACAGUUGCUGUCAAUCUGACAUCUGUCAACUGCAAAAAACGUUCGGUAUCUUUAUAAAUUUUCUUUUCGUCUCAAUCCUAAAAAGUCUGACAAUUCAGAUGUGCCCCAUUUUAAGUUCAGAUACAGCUCACGUUAAAAAACCGUGCCCCUCCGAAGCUGAUUUUCAGCCGGUUAAUGGUUACCAUUCCGCGGGUGGUGGACCACAGACUUUGUCGUGAGCUCGAUGUAUUAUUGUAUAUUGUCAAAAUAUUAACAAUAUAUUAUAUGUAUUGGAAAAACCAGGAGGUAUAAGGCUUAUUUUCACAGUUACACACAUCUAGACAGAAUAUGUAUUCUAAAACACUUAUGGCCUUACUACAAAAACUUUAAACCCUCACUUGUCUAAUAAAAUUUUGGCUACAAAAUGAACCAUAUGUCAACGUCAUAAUUUGAAAUUUUUUUAGACAAGGCAUAAACUGACGUUUAAAAGUUUUUGUGGUAAGACGGAUUUUGUUUAGGAUUUAGGUACUAAGAAGUAGCCCAAGUAUUGGUAUCGUCCGGACUUUCCUAGACUAACCACUACUAAUGUGGACGUCAGGCCAGUCCUAAUGGUUUUAAGCGAAAGUAUUGAUGUCGAGGUGUGCCUAUUUGUAUUAUCAUGAGAAUAAGGUAUUAACAGAUGUCAUUAACCAAUCGAGUAUUUUAUAAGAUUCUUCCCAACUUAUGAAAUAUGGUUAACAUCAUCACAAUAAUGGACUAGUGUGCUCUAAAAUUUUCGAACAGGCCUGAAAUGCGUUAUUCCAAUUACAAUCAUUUCUGAAGCGCAAUCAGCUUCUUGGAUGUAGAUCCAAAAUUCUGUAUUCAGCUCAUAAAUUUAAAAUUUCCUUAUACCAAAAUAUUGCUUAAUUUGCGUUAAAUUUACCGCCAAAGUUAUUUUCUAUUUAAAAUUUACAAGCGUCUGUUUCUAGUUCCGUUUUUUAAUGUAUUUUAUUAUUAUUAUCAAUUUAUUUAUGAAAUUAUAUUAUUUAUGGUGCUGCUUAUUUUUUUUUAUUAAAACAGUAUUAAUACGAUUAGGUAAUUGUACAAUUAUUGUUUUUAAUAUUAUUUAAGAUAGAUCUCAGAAAUCUCGAUGUUUAUUAGUUUGUAUUUGCUAAAAUAUUUAAUGAAUUAUCAUAUUGAGUUAAUAUAUUUGUUUAAAAUCGAAUUAAAUGUUGAAGUCAAAUUAGAAAGAUAUUACGUUAAAAUUGUGAUAUGAUAUUUAGUUUGUUAAAGAUUUAGCUACAUCAUCAAUGUAUAAAAUUCAUUCCACUUUCCAGUGUUGCGAUGGAAUUUCAUGUGAAUAUAAAUUAGUGCUAGUCAUAUUUUUGUACCUAUAUUUUAUUUAUCUGUGGGUUAUUCUUCCUCGCAUUGAUAUAUUAAGUGUAUUGAUGUCAUUGAAUUUGAGUUAUGUUUAUGAAUGUUUUGUAUGUAGCUGUAGCUCCCGGCUUACGCAUUUAUAAGCUACAUUCCUAGUCGCGAACGUACAAGUCUGCGUUAAUUAUUUAGAGCAGAACUGCAACUGAGUGUAUUACAACAUAAUCAUAAUAAAUAUCUACUGUGCUGGAGCUAUGUUGAUGUAUUUUAAACUAAACAUACAGUUAUUAUUAUAAUUAACCAAUUACCAAUGUAUGCAAUUUAAUAUAAUGCUUUCAUAUUUCACUGUUUAUCUAUGACAGGGUACUUUUAAUGCGUUGUACUCACAAAAUUAUGUAUUCGUCACUAUGCGUAUGUGUUACUUGUACUGAAAUGUUUUAAAUGUUAUUCAAUAGACGAUGUAUUUUAAUUAACCGAAUAAUUAUUUGAUAUAAAACCUGAAACUCUUCUUUGGAAGUUUGUUUCGACGUAUGAAUGUUACUAUUUCCGAGUCAAAUCGUAAAAUUUGCAGAUUUUUUCUAUUAGCAGUUACAUGUAUGCAUAGUAAACAAUUAAAGUCGAUAUAAUACAAUAAAUGCCAAUAUUGUCCGCUUGGACAGGUAUUAAAUAAAUGUAUGUCCAUAGAUAAAAUGUAUAAGAUUUAAAAGUGGUAUUUAUCAAAGAAAACACCUUCACAAAUCUUGCCCGAGUAAAUAAAAAUAUUGUAAAAAAUAUGCAUUCGCAAUUUUCUAUAUUUUAUAACUCAAAAAAAAAAGAAAUUAGUAAAAGAUUAUCUUGAAUUAAUGAAAAAGAUUAUUAUGAAGUUUGAAAUACUAUAAUCUUGCUUUGAAUACUGUAAGUUACGUAAUUUAUUGGGUCGUUUAGUGUCUGUAGCAACGUUAAAUAUAACAAUUAGUAAUGUAAGUGGAUGUUUCUUAGUCACCUGACCUGUCAUGUAUAGAAAAAUAAUUUACAGACAAUAUAAUACGUUGUUUAGGUAGUACGUAGGCACUGAAGUUUAUGCCGUUGACUAAUGUAUUCAUGUACCCAUAAAUGAAUAAAGUGGUGCAGCAAACCAA